AUGGGUCGCAAACCCAACCAGCUCAUCCUCGAGUUCUUCAUUCGGGGCCAAAAGCUCGAAGAUGCCAGCAACCGCUAUCAACAUACGUGCAAGGCAUGCGGCGAAAAGUUUCCCAAAGGUCGCAUCGACAGUCUCACCAAUCACCUAGUAAAGAAAUGCACCGCAAUUCCGUUGCGGGACCGACAACGCGUCUUGUUGCGACUUCACGAGCUUCCAGACCUCGCCGACGGAGACCAAAACAAGGACCCGAAUGCUGCAGGACAGAACAAGGGAAAGCCCGGUGAGGUUUCCUUUACCACGCGCCAGAACUUCGACGGUUUGAAUGUGCUGGCCGAAGCGUCGCGACAGGUGGGUGCUUCCGACCAGUCGAAGCGGGGGGCUCCUGCGUUUCCCCAGUCCGUCACUGUUGGUGGAAAGACUGUGGUCGUUGACCCUGCGCUUGAGGCAGAGGGUUUUCAGGGCCAUCCUACACAGUCUGACCAGAUGGACGAGGACGUCAAGAUUCCGGUCUCUCCCAACACCCCUACAGACGCUACGGCUAUUCCCUCACUUCCUCCUACCGGUUCACUUGAUCCUUCGUCAGCAUCGCCUCCCCUGCCUGAGACAUCUAUGACUCCCGACCCUACCGCCGCUUCUCGGCAGUCGCAGCUGUCUAUGAUCGCCGCAUCUGCUAGUGAAAUGGUACCUCACGGCCUCCCGUUGGAUCAUGAUCCUAGCUCUGGACUUUCUGACGGUUUGUCUAAGAUGAGUUCUGCAUGGAACCAACAGCUCUCAACUCAAGAACAAUUGCUGUUCGACAGCCUCCAGGAGCAUGAUCCGACGCUGACCGCAGCGACGCAACGCGCCGCCUCCUUUCCUCGCCCCAUCGCGAUGAACCCCGCCUCCCAAACCAAGGGCUUUGUGAACGAGUUUGGCAAUUCGACCAAGCCGGCUAAACCCAAGGUCCGUGGUCGGUUCUCCGCAGCGAGACGUCGAGAGGUUCAAGAAGUGAGGAAACGAGGCGCGUGUAUACGCUGCCGUAUGCUCAAAAAGCCCUGCUCCGGCGACAGCCCGUGUACCACCUGCGCCAGCGUCGAAAGCGCGCGUUUGUGGAAACACCCAUGUAUUCGCACCCGAAUCGCGGAUGAGUUCGAACUGUUCAAUGCUAAUUUGCACGCAACCCUGGCUUUUCAUGACGUCGGCAGUAUUCGAAAUCAGGUCAAAUUUGACGUCUUUGCUGGCCGUAUCGAGGUCACUCAUUUCGAAGAGAGCUUGAUUUUUGUCACUCUUGCUGGACAACAGGGCCACAAGACUUCAACGUCAACGCUCGACCCCCAGCUCCAGGGGCUUGGGGACGAUCCGCAGUUUCAGGGACCCCUUCAGGAGGUUUACUUGCUAGACAGCGAUAUGGAAGAUAUUCCCGGCAAGGUUGAGUUGUACAUCAAGAAGACUGGAUCAAUGUUCUACGAGCGCGAGGCUUCCGACAUCAUGAGACCAACAUUAAUGCUAGCGGCAGAGUUGGCCGCACAGAAGAAGGAUUUGUUGUUAGAACGAGUGUUGGAGCUGUGGGUUGCCACCCAUAUUCUGGUUGAUGUCGACACGCACUGGAAGACUUUCAGCAACCCGUCCUUACCACCGGCUUCCUACUCCUUCGCGCAGCCUACUGAUGACGGGCGUAUUCCGAUCGACGAAAUCACCAAUCCCGAGUCAUACGCGCUGUUGUGCGGCCAGUUGCGCGCAGCUACCGAGAAGCGUGCCGCGGCGCUGAGCAAGUCAGUAAUGAAUGACUUGGAAAGGAGGCUCCUCCAGCGCCAGCAAAGCGGCUGGUUCGAGACCUUCCUGGUUUCUCUGAUUCUCUUGAACUGCGUGGAGAGAACGUGCUGGCUGUUCCGGUCUUGGGAUGAUGAGAACUUCACGCAGCGGUGGCCCCUUGAAAAGCGGCCCCAGUCCUACGCGGCGCAAGGCGACCGCUUCUCGGAUAUCCUACACAUGCUGUUGAAGAUGCGGAGUCUGCCACCCAAGGCGAAACCACUGCCGGACAGCGGGGUCCUCGAGGCUGUGGAGGGAAGUGAUGAAAACGCCAUCCGCUGGUUCGACAUGAUCAAGGUCACCCCACUUUACCUAGAGCAGCGCCAAACUGCAGGGUUCGACCCGACUGAUUGCCGGUCCUUCGACCUCCGUUAUGGAUCGAAGUUGCUGCCAACUGUCUAUGCGUGA